AUCGGCAAUGGCCUGGUCGUCAAAUACGGCGACGCGACACGACUCUCAGAGGCUCUGGCGUCCGAGCUCGUUCGCUCCCAGACUAACAUCCCUGUUCCUCGUGUUCUCGCCUACUAUUCCGACUCCUCCAGAAUGCCGUAUAAGGUCGGAUACAUCGUGAUGGAGAAGGUCGAGGGUAUGAUGCUUAGUAGCAUCCUGGAGACAUUGGACGAUGCCGCGAUCGGGUCUAUCACUUCCCAGUUGGAGCAGUACCUCAACGAGAUGAAGAAACUGGACAGACCUGGAGAAUGGGGAAUGGUCGGCAAGAACGGACUCUAUCAUCGCAGCCCUUAUUUCACCUAUCAGCUUCCAUCCAAUGUCGAUCCCAAAAGAUCGAAUCCUCUUCGAGCUCGGUGCUGCAGAGACUUCGUUGAACAUUUUGCCAGCCUAGUUGACCGGAGCAUGAACGAGAGAUGGGCCGCCAGCACGCGGGCCAUUGUCGAUUCCUUCAACAACGAUCUCCCUUCCUCAUUCUGUCAUCCCGAUCUCGUUCCAGAGAACAUCAUGGUUGACAAACGCACGAAUCGCAUUACCGCCAUCAUCGACUGGCAGGGAGCCGGAUGGUAUCCGUAUUUCUUUCCGUCCUGGGUCGCA